CUAAUUGUCGGCCGCCGCACGAGAGCACAUCGCGUUACGCUACUGAGCAUGGAUAACUGUUCUAGCUGGGUACUAAAUUCCGUAAUAACUAAAAGACCCGUCUUAAGUUUCCGCCUUUUUUACACCCUGGUUUAUAAAAUCGUUGAGGAAAAUCGGCAUCGAGGAUAUAGCGUAAAGUUGUGCUCGUCGUCAGUCAAUAGAACAUUCAAAAUUAGUAAGUAGUAAAAUAACUGAGCUCACCUUUCGCCCACUGUUGGUCCACCAUUGAACUCAUGGGUACGCUUCCUUUUCUUCCUCUUUCCUCCCUUUAACUCUUCUCAAUUAUUUUCUCCUUUUCAAUUUUUCGCCGGGACUGACAGUGGGAACGGCCUCCCGUGAACCCCCGCUGGAUCCCCGCUGGAUCCGCCCCUGAAUAGCAGCGUCAUUUUGUAAGCUGAAUGUAUGUGAUCCAUAAAGCCUUGAGAGAGGUGCUUGUAUUAGUUUAAUCAUGUGUCAUACUAAUAUAGGGCCUAAUUCUUGUACCGUAAAUCUAAAUGUCGGAAAUGCCCUGUCCGUAUAGCAUAUAAUUCUUCUUAUUUUUCUUCUUUUUUUUUUUUUCUAAUUUUACGGUAAGAUAUAUUUUUUUCACAAAUUGCUUCACAGCAUUACGACUGAAUUUACAAUGGUAUGGUAAAAUAAUGGAAGCAAUUAAAAAAAACUUAAGAAUUAACUAUUACAGCUGACAUAUAAAAGUGUCAAUAAUAAUGUAAUAUACAAAGAUGCAAAAUGUUCUGUUUUUAAGUUAUGAUAACGAUAACAAUUGAAAAUAGUUUUGGAAAUGGUUUAAAAAUAGGACAUACCACUAAUUUUUAUACGAUGUCAAAUGUUCACACCUUGUAAUUAAAAAUUAAACUGAGGUCAUUUUUAUUUUUGGGGGUAAAGGCUGUCUUUCAAUAGGCGAGUUUAUUCGCGCGAAUUUUGGCUUAUACACGCGAGGUAUAAAUUUCCACUACAAAUUUCCUUACUUGCGCAUGCUUAUAAGAACAAAAUUGGCGAUUCACGCGAAUAAAUUUGCCUCUGAAAACAACAAGGGUUCAUAAUUGGCACUACUAACAACAGGGUUCAUAAUUGCUCCCACUAACAAGACCAGUCGCAUAAAUGGCGUGGUUGGUUAGACCCCCGUUCCGCAACAUUUUAGCCCACGACCCAAAUUAUAUAUCAAGCACUCAGACGCGACCCAUCAAACCGGAAGUCAAAUUUCUCAUCUGAAUUUCAUGGGGAAAUCAUGGACCUAUGAUUAUAGGUCCAUGGGGAAAUGAUUGAAUACGGUAUUAUUAUUUCUUUAGUUUGAGUGAAUUAAGUCAAUAUAUAUGUCUGUCGUUUUAUACGCGCGAGGGGUAUUAGAAGAGCUCACUUGAUUCUUUUGGCAAUCGAUUAAAAGAUAGGCCUACUCCAAAGAUCACCCGCGCAAUCAAUUAAAAACCCAUAAAAAUGAAUUAUAACUUUGAAUUACUCAUUUAACAAAGCGUAAGUUAUCAAUGUUCCAAUAAAAUUUUUAAAAAUGAAUUAUUUACAGACAUUUUACUAUAGGCCUAAACAAAUUCAUAGAUUUGCUGCCAGAAAUAGGCCUAUGGGUUAGGCCUAUGCGAAGACAUUGACACAUUAAAUUUAAGAGAAAAAUGUUUUGUUCUUUUAAUUUUCAGCUGAAAGCCAAACACACCGAAAGGAACAAAAGUAACACUUUCAAGUUGUCAUACCUGAAGUAGGCUACAAAUGUUUUGAUAGAGACAAGUUACGACUCAAGUUCCCAAGCCUUGCAGGAUCUUAAAUGGGCCUGUCAUCUGGAGUGUUGCAUUGAUAUAAUUCAUUGAGGUGUGACAAAAGCCUACCUAUGCUGGCGUUACUGUACUUGCAAGCACAACUCCAAUCCUCAGCUGAAAUUAUUUAUGAAGAUAAUCAAUUGAUUACGUAAUUAUAACUAUGGCUUUAGAGAUUUUGAAAAGGUGUCGCAUAUACCAUGUAUUUGCUAUAAUGUGUAUCAUAGCAUCUGUGAUGACAAUCACCAACCUAUUUUACGUCAUCAAAUCCGUCUGCUGUAGGUCAGCAGAUAUGAACGUACUACGCGGAAAACUUCCCGAGCCAAUGGAGCCAAUUCGUGUGGUCGAUAGUAAAAUGGAGCCAGACGUGCUAGAAUUACAUAGGCCUAAGCAGAGUAUCGGCAUAGGCCCACUCAAUGAAACGCAAAAUAAACGAAAACAAUGGAAGAUUCUAGUCUUUGUUGGUAUAGACAUUCUAAAACAAUGGAGAGGAUUUGCGAAAUUAUCGGCCAUGAAAAAACAUGAUAUAUCGUAUACAGCAACAAUAGAAUGUCCUAAACAUAAUCAAUCUAUUUUUCUAACACUUGGCUCAGAUGUUAAACUACUGGACAACCAAGACUCAGCAGUGUUCGGCAUGGCACCAGAUACAUUGCGUAUCAAAUGGGGGGAACUACGAAAAAUAAAUAAUAGAUUCAGGAGUCAAAGCUGGAUAUUUUUUGGUUUAGAAACACCACUGAGGACGAAGAGACUGAUAAAAGACAUAGGUGAAUUCAAAGUCGAUUACACGUGGUCUUAUAUUAGUUCGGCUGACAUCCAAAUGCCGUACGCAUACUUUAAACCACUUUUGGAUAAUAAAAACAAAAAAUUAGUGAACGUUGCCAAAACUAAGAACAGGCUUAUUGCAUGGAUGGGAAAUAACUGCAAGAAUGAGGCUUUCUGGCCUAGAAUGAAAUUCAUAGAGAAACUAAAUAAUGUUAUUGGUGUAGACACAUAUGGAAAAUGCGGCCGUCUUGAAUGUCAGUCAGAAAAUUGCACCGAAGAGAUGUCGCAUUACAAAUUCUUCUUGGCUUUAGAAAAUGCCGAAUGCGACGAGUACAUUACGGACCAGUUUUGGCUGACAAGUUUGGCAAAUAACGUCGUUCCGAUUGUGUAUGGUCCACGAAAAGAAGAUUAUUUCCGAUUUGCUCCUCGCUAUUCUUUUAUACACGUCGGUGACUUCCAGAAUAUUUCACUUCUUGUCGAUUUUAUUAACAUAUUAAAUAGGAAUGAUAAUCUUUAUAAUAAGUUCUUUCAGUGGAAAGGGACGGGGAAAAUCAACAAUGUGUACUCUGGUUUAAAGCCUUCAUCAUUUUGCAGUCUAAUACCAACACUGAAAAAUGGACCUAAAAUUCGGAAACCUUUAAAAUUAGGAUCAUGGUUCCAAUCUUGUAGGAGAGAAUCAAAUUCGGCUAAUAAAAUAUUUACAUAAAUAUUUUAUAUGUAUUUUAACCUGUUAGUGGCGGUUAUUAUCGCUUUUGGUUAGUACGGUACGAAUAAAAAAAAAAUAAUUCACGUGACGACAUCUGAUGCACUAAAAAAAUGGGAGACCGAUUUUUCUUUGUUAGACCAUUCAGAGAAAGCCUGCAACGAUUGUAAGCCUGCAAAAAUGCAAAAAAAAAAAGGAGAACACAAAGCCGGUUUUCCACUAGGCACAAAUUCGAAAGCGUCGGUUCAUGCACGCGCAUUCACGUUUCUAUCGGAGUUUUCGCUUCAGCGCGCGGAAUCGGUAGUUCGAACUGUCUACUUUUUGCGAAGCGAUGAAAAUGCACAACUAAUCAGAGGUGGUCAGGAAGUGAACCGACGCUUUCCAUUCGCGUGAAUAAAUUCGCCUAGUGGAAAACCGGCUUAAAAGGACGGUUAGGAACAAUUUGGUUCGGGGCCAAAAUCGGUCCGCCGGACCGAUUUUCCGCUUGUUUUCCGCUUACGAAUUUAUUCGCGCGAGUCGAAAGUGUCUGUUCAUGCGCAUUUACAUUUCUAUCGGAGUUUUCGCUUCAGCGAAAUCGGUAGUUCAAACAUUACUUUUUGCGAAUCAAUAAAGGUGCGCAACCAAUCAGAAUUCAGGAAGCGAAACGAUGUCUUUAAUUUUCGCGAAUAAAUUCGCCGAGUGGAAAACUUGCUUCAGGUAAGCAAUAGGUUUUGGCGGAAAGAACGAUUCCUAAGCUUUUGUGGACCCGCACAUUUUUAUCCAGCCAAUCAGAGUAUUAAUAAUUAUGCCUACAGUGGGAAAACAAAAAGAUAGUCCAGUCAGUCUACGAAAAAAAGGGGUCAACCCGGAACAAUUUGCAUUAGUAACGAAAAUAAUUGUUUUCAACUUGAGGAAUAACAAAUCAAAAAUCUAGAUCUAGAAAGAUCUCGGCGCUAAUGCACUUUAGUACUGUAACACUUCUAUCUACAAAAAUUGUCUUUUUACCUACUGUGUGUACCUAGCAAUAUCUUACGAUGCUUCUUCAUUCAGAUUCUGCUUAAUAACGUCGGUUUUUAGCACUUUAUUACUAAAAAUCACGGCUUUAACGCCUAAUAUGGCUCCAUCCUUUCCUUCAUCUCCUAUGGCGAAUUGGCGAAUGAGCCUGUUGCCAGAAUUCAAACUUUAUGAGUUGGUGUUGCCAGUAUUAGUAUAUCAAAAUCAAGCGUCAGAUAUUCAGAACUUAUUUGUAGAGCGAAACUCCACUACGGUACUGUACAACAGUAUGACGAGUUCGAUGCCGGGGUUCGAUGGCUCGUGAAAGAAGGGAAAAGGAAGGCAGCAGAACAUGCAUACAUUAUGAAAGAAUGUAUAAAUAAUAUAUGUAGGUCCUAAAUGCAAUGUCUUAAGUGUAAUAAUGGCCAUGAUUGACAAAUGAUUGGUUUAUUGUAAUAAUUGUUGGGUCUAAAUGUAAUACGGGUCCUAUGUGUAAUCAUUUUAGGGUCUAAAUGUAAUAAAGGCUCUAAGUGUAAUAAUUUUUUAAUCUAAACGUAAUGUUUAGACUCAAGUAAUGUUAAACGUAAAGGUCCAUAUUUAAUAAUUUUUGGGUCUAAAUGUAAUAUAGGUCAUAAACGCAAUGUCCUAAUUGUAAUAAUGGCCAUGAUUGACAAUGAUUAAUUGACUGUAAUAAUUUUUGGUCUAAAUGUAAUACAGUUCCUAUGUGUAAAUAUGUCUAAAUGUAAUAAAGUUUUUAAGUGCAAUAAUUGUUGGGAAAUGGAGUUACAAAUGGAUGCAAUAGACUGGGACCUGUGUUGGAAGAGAAAUUAAUUCAAUGUUACAUAUAAAAAAAAUUGCACAGUUCAAUUUUAAAUUUUUUACAUAGACUAUUACCUACAAAACAUAGACUAAAUGUAUGGAAAUUAUCUGCAACCAAUCUAUGUGAGUAUUGUAAUAUUACUGAAAAUGAAGAGCACAUGCUAUGUAAAUGCAAAGAUAUAGAAGCAUGUUGGACGAAAUUACACACUAUGAUGCGAUCAUGUUUUAAAAUCUAUGAUAACUUACAAUGGAACAAAAUCGUUAUUGGAAGCUAUAGCGAAAGAUUGAACGAAAUGAUUUCAAUUUUGACGUUUUGUAUUUAUAAAGUUAAAAUAAUGAAUAGAUUAUGUUUGAGGACAAAAUGUCCUUGUGUGAUGUUUUUAUCUGAACUAACCAGACUAAUUACAUGUGAAUUUUUAAUUAAUAAGGAAAAAGCAAAAAAUAAAUGGUGCAUGGUCUAUCUAGAUAAGCUUAAAUAAAUAUAUGUAUAAAUAAAUGUGUGAUGGCUGACUUCUACGGAAGACAAGUAAUAGAAGAAAAUGA